AGUGAAGUACUCGGACGAAAACGCAGAGAACAUGCUGCGUUCCGUUUUGUAGCCAAAACCUCAGAGAAAGCUGACAACAGAAGGGUUUUUUUUUUUAUUUAUUUGAGUUAGCACUCAUUUUAAAAUGUCAGCUGAUAAUGUGUAUGAGAGCGAAACCGCGGUGGCCGCGCGCGGACAAGGAGUCUCUUUGUUUGAGGACCGUGGUGGCGUCACACCGAUGACACCAGUAGGGGGCGACACGCCCGCUUCCUGCAGGUUUCUGCAGGCGGAGCUGGAGCUAAACGCUCACCUCCGCCGGCUCCGCUUUAACGAGCCGGUCCGGUUCGUUUAUAACCCGCUGGAGUACGCCUGGGACACGCACCGCUGCUACGUGGAGAAAUACUGUGGAGGCCGACAGUCAGUACUGUUUUUAGGCAUGAAUCCUGGACCCUUCGGCAUGGCACAGACUGGGGUCCCCUUUGGUGAAGUGAAGGCAGUUGUUGAUUGGCUGAAGAUCACAGGGCAGGUCGGUCAUCCUGAGGAUGAGCAUCCAAAGCGACGGAUCACAGGGCUCGCAUGCACGCAGAGUGAAGUGAGCGGUGCACGUUUCUGGGGCUUCUUUAAGAAGUUGUGUGGUGAACCAGCUGUGUUCUUUCGCCAUUGCUUCGUGCACAACCUCUGUCCACUUAUUUUCAUGAGCGCGAGUGGCAAGAAUCUAACCCCUCCUGAGCUGUGUGCAGGAGACCGGGAGGCCCUGUUGGCUCUGUGUGACACUGCGCUGUGCCAGGCGGUGGAGGCGCUGGGCAUCACUAUGGUGAUUGGUGUUGGGAAGGUGGCAGAGCAGCGAGCACGGCGAGCUCUUUCUGCUGCAGGCACCGGCGUGAGAGUUGAGGGCAUCAUGCACCCGUCGCCCAGGAACCCACUGGCCAAUAAGGGCUGGGAGGAAGUAGCCAAAACCAAGCUGGCAGAACUCGGCAUCCUAUCACUGCUGACCAAUACGUGAGCUCCUCUGCUUCAUUAUUAACUGUGUAGGGUGUGUCCCCAGGAAGUGAGAACUAAGCAACCGCACGUCUGACUUGUGCAGGUUUGUGAGUCUUUGCCAAGCUUGGCUGGCAUGUUCAAGCAAAUGUUAAUCCGCCUGAGGUGUUUUAACAUUGAGAGGAGCUGAAGUGACGUUCCUGGAUGGAACUACGGUAACAAAAAGCCCAGAGUGCGGUUUGAAAAGCAUUCCAGCUGUGCACACUCCGACAUAGACACAGCAGAAUGUCAACUUCAUUCUGCUGUAAUCUGUUUCUGAUGUAAUGGGACUAAAAUAAUGCUUUACACACAUAAACUCAGGGUAUUUAUGAAUAAUUAUGUGAAUUAUUAAAUGUAUCUUAUCACAAACACUACUGUCUUUUGUCAUAUUUGGCUUUUUCUAGUUAUACUUUGGUUUCUAGUCAAAACCUUAUUUUGUCAACUUUCCAUCAAGCUACAAUAACUUGUAUAAGAGAAAUGGAUGUCAUCAAAAAUGCUCUAUUUGUUUGAAAUACUCUGCAUGUUUGUUUGAAUUAUAUUUGUAUGUUUAAAUUGUUCCCAUUUUUAGAAAACCCAUGAUUGUGUAAAACUGUUUUUAAGCUCUGUACAAAUUAUGGAUCUGUCACAAUGGUGAAGUUCUACAUAAAAGACUUGAAAAUCCA